CGCCGCUGAUUGGUCGAGUGUGCGGCAGUGUCCCACGGCGAAAGGGUUUGCGCGCGGGAUGGUGCGCGGGUGGCGCGCGAUGUGUAUCGGCGCCGUUCGUUGCCGGUCGGCCGCGCAGGAGCAGUCGCGAGCAGCGUGAGCGCAGGCGAAGGUGGAUCUCGUCUCUUUUCCUCCGAUAAUGAACAACGCGCGAUAACUAUCAGUCCGUGUUGUCCGUGGGUGCAUCUCGUCGAGUGUCGCGCGCGCGCGCGCGAUGCACCGUGUGGUCGCUGCCGGUUUCGUGCUCGCGAUAGAGACGCGCUGUCUGACGACGACAAGCGAUCACUAGCGGGGACCCCGCUGUGUUCCCGGAGCCAAUCGAGGCCCCUGGAAACGCGUCGCCGUGGAUUACUCGAAGGGCGGCACGAGCGUGGAGAGACACGCGAGCAGUGGAGAGCAGCGAGAGCAGCGGAUAACGCGGGAGCGGCGAGUCCGAUAAUCCGACGAUGGGCGGACGGACGAGAGGACUCUGAGAAUUGGUAGCGAUAUACACCUCGUCGCCGGCUCGAUCGCCGGCUAUCCGGGCCCGAGUUUCACGAGAGGAUGGAGACCUGCCCCGCGAAUGUAUUCGAUGUAUCCGGAAUAGAGGGUGCGUAGGACUCGCGCAGAGAGUAGACCAGAGGAAUCAGAGAUCCAGCAUGGGGAAGUGUUGCAGCAAACGGCAAGAGUCUCAACCGAUCGGCUAUAAGAAAGCAGACACGGGACUCAGCUCAAAGCACAGCAAUGGAGGUUCCUUGGACCGAUACACCGCCGACCCAAAUCAGAGAGGCGUGCAAGCUCGAGCGGAUAUUAUCCGACCGAGACCGACACCCUGUAAGCUACAGAUACCGCAUCAGCAACCCCGUAAAACGAAUCCGCCUGUUAAGUCUGCAUCGCACUCACAAAGAUCCAACAAGAUUGUGGUGGCACUGUACAAUUACACGGCGCGAGAAAGCACCGACGUUAGUUUUAUGAAAGGCGACCGAAUGGAGGUCCUCGACGAUUCCGAGCCGGACUGGUGGAAAGUGCUGCACUUAACGACUCUGCAGGAAGGCCUGAUCCCUUGGAACUUCGUGGCUGUCGAGCGGUCGGUCGAGAGCGAAGAUUGGUUCUUCGAAAAUGUGUCACGCAAAGAGGCGGGUAAGCUGUUGUUGGUUGACGAAAAUCCUCGCGGCACGUUCUUGGUGAGGCCGAGCGAGCACAAUCCCCGAGGUUACAGCUUGUCGGUCAAGGAUUGGGAGGAAGGAAGGGGCCAUCACGUGAAACACUAUAAGAUUAAACCGCUCGAUAAUGGCGGCUUCUUCAUCGCCACCAAUCAAACGUUCUCCAGCCUACCGGCUCUGGUUAUGGCAUACAGCAAAAAUGCACUGGGUCUCUGUCAUGUGCUUUCGAAGCCUUGUCCUAAACCACAACCGGAUAUGUGGGAUCUCGGACCUGAGUUACGUGAUAAGUGGGAGAUCAACAGGAACGAGAUACAACUGAUCUCGGAACUGGGCAACGGCAAUUUUGGCAAAGUUUAUUACGGCAAGUGGCGGAACAAAUCGAGGUUGAUCGAGCAAGUGGACAAAGGUUAUCGUAUGCCGAAACCGUUGAAUCACCCGCUGCCCGACAGUAUUUAUCGAUUGAUGUUACAAUGUUGGGAUGCUAGCCCUGAGAAACGACCCACAUUCGAGUUCCUGAAUCAUUACUUCGAGUCGUUCAACGUCACUAGCGAAAUACCGUAUCUCGAACCGCCAACGGACUGAUAUACAGCCCAUCAAUAUAUGCAAAAUCAUCUGCCGCCGCACGGUCACUUUCACCCAGCCCACAUCAAUUGUGCCAUGGAAUUUUAUGGUAUUUACUGCUAAGUAAAUUAUUUAGCAUGUAUCAUGCAGCCCCUCCCUCCCCCUCAUCGGAACUUUCGCGGACUGGGUGCGUCGUUCUCAUAGAGAGAAAAGACUUUUAGUGGGAAAACACAUACGUCCUCGCGACAUCUUGCAUCGUUGUCGCGAGUGGCAUCUUUUUCGACUGCGAAAUUUUUCUACAGAUUUUGGCGACCAAUUUUCUCGAGAAACAGUGCCGCGAACUUGUUGAACUAUCACUGUCAAAUGCUGCCGAAAAUUCCACCUCGUCUCUCUUCUCAUCUCUCCCUUAUGUGUCCUUAUGUAUCCUUAGUGUUAAACACUAAAAAAUGGAUGGAAGUUAAACGGAUUGGAAGUCGAGUGUGCCAUGGUGUUUUUUGUAAGUAUCCUUUGCAGGAAUAAAUUGACAAGAUUCUAAUCUUAAUGACCAAUCAGGCGUUAAUUGUAAUAUUUAGAAUUGAGAAACGAGAAACGGUCGCGAUCUUAGGAUCGGCGAUUCGUUUUUUUUUAUCUGCCCACAAAAAUUCGCGACUGUUUAAGCGCGUUUUCGUACUUUCGACGGUGAGCAAUCACAAUAAAGACACUAGCAAUGUCGGUAAACUUAGACACAAGUCACGGUAUUAGAGAGUAACGUGACGUAUGAGUUUGGGGAUAAAAUUCGGAAUUAUAGAUUAUACAACAUAAUCGUAUAUUAGUAUGUUAGCGUACGAUUACGAGAUAUAUAAACAGAGUGAAAAAGGGAGAAAACGAAGAAGGAUGUAUGCGUGUAUGUGCGUGUUGCGCGUAUUGUGAAUUGCUUGCGUGACUUGUCGCGCAAUAGCAUGUUGUAUUUACAUUUUAUUGAUCUCGGAUCACGGUAACAUCCGAAUUUUCCUAAAGUCCAGUUUUUAGAUACGUAGGGGCAAGUUUUUCGUACGUACUGCGAAGAAACGCUAUCAUAAACGCGUGUUUUUUCAAGCGAGGGCUGAAUAUAAAAUUAGAUGUAAAGGAUGUCUAUAUGGAUUUCUCGCGUGUAAUUUGUCCGUCGAGAGGCACUCGAGAGGAGAAUUACUCGUAUCGAACGGUUACUGCGCACAAGCCGCGUGAAGCUUAUUUUCGAGACGAUAUUUAACGCGCGAUGAUUUAUUCCUUCUAAAUGUUAGGGAGAAUCAUGUGUACGAGUUUACAUGUGCGUUCACCCGUUUAUUGCUGCUACGCGUUAAUUUCAUUUCGAUUGUAAAACACACGCGAAUGAAAUGCAUUCGUUCACUUUACUUCGAGAAAAGUCUCCGGUGUUCAGUCGACAGUUUUACUCGUAAGAAUGGCUCUCGGCAGUAACUUUAUUAACUUAACUCAGCGAGAGCGAUCCUCGAUGACGAAAACUCUCGAAUGUGCACACAGCCAAACGUGUCUGCCAAAAACAGAUCCGAUUGUAUUUACGAUUAUAUCCGAUUUCUAUUGAUCUUUUCUUUUUUAUAAGUUUUUUACGCAGCAAACCGAUGCAUUUUAAUAUUGUCGACAUUCCCACGCAUUGUUUCACAAAUGCGCAUGGAUGGUAUGUCCUGAUUUAAGCAUCCCGCGAAAACGCAGCGAAUACCUCGCACAAAUUUUUGUUGUUUUUAAUUCGACACUCACUGUACUCAGUGUCGUUGAAUUACAAUGCUCUCGCGAAAUACCAUUUGGUCUUGUUGAAGAGAGGAAAAAGAAGAAGAGUAUAGAAGUUAGGAUAGACGAGAGAGAGAGAAGCGAGAAAGUUACUAAAUAUCCGGAUAAAUGCGAAUGCGUGAGAGCGUUUUGAGAAGAAAAGGAAUAUCCCACAGCCCGUGUCUGCGAUGUAAGCCGACACGGCGGGCUUCACGUCGGGAUAAAUCGGAAAUGCAGUUUCGGAUAAACUUAAGUCAUCGAUGUUACUCGUACAAAAAUGUCUGAAGAAUUGUAAAUUUUCUACUUGAUGAAGAAAGAAAGGAAAUACAAACGACGGAUUAGAAUAGGAAUUAUUUAGACGAUAAGCGUGUCAGCCUCGUCGGCGGAUCGACGACUUUGCUCUCUUCGCAGAAAAGAUAUUCUUGCGAAUUGUCUCGGAUUUCCUAGGAUACAACGUCAUCGCCAUUGUUCCCGUGAGGCAUUUUAUGCGCGCGAGACCCGAGAUUGGGUCGAUUGCACCGACGUCGAUUAAAGCCAGCUCCUGCUUUUGUCUAAAUUACUUUUUAAUUUUAAUUAAUCUGAUGAUUCUUCGUGAAACGAAGAUGAAAAAGUAUAUAAAAUAGAUCGUUAAUUAAUAUUGUAGCAAAAAGAUACUGUUUUACUACAUUGAGCAUGAGCACCUUAUUAUUAAGAAAUUUCUCGAUGGAUGGACGUACAAAACUUAAUAUAAAAAUCUUAAUUGAUAUUGUUAUGAUAUUGUUAUGCUCUUCAAUUUUUACUGUGAAUAAAUGGGGUAUAUCUAUAGAAAAGUAUAUUUUUAAAAAAGAACAGCGAAUAAUUAACUGGAAUUAUUCAGUCUGGAAUUUCAGUAAAUUGUUAAUGUAAUCUGAGUUAGACAAACUGCAUUGAUUGUAUCACAAUCGGUUUAUAGUGACAAUUAAUUUUUUUUUUUUUUACAUUAUAGCUGAAAUAACAAUAUAAAAAGCAACAUUUAAUCAGUAAUUGCAGUGAGAUGACCAAAGAUAUUGUAUAACAUUUUGUAUAUCGAGGUUGCGGUUUGUUUUAAUUAAAUUGUUUUUCCUCAGUUCUUUCUGCAAGAGCUGGAGGAGCUGGAGCUAAGGAAUUAACCAGAGUCAGUAAGCAAGACUGUGGGUGCGAUCGAUCUUGAAUGUAUACAUUUUACUGUGUCACGAUAAACGCGAUGAGCCAUUACGAUACGAUAGAUAUUAGUGAUUAAAGUGAAAACAAAAUGUGAGUGCGUUGCGCGCAUGCGAGCGUAGAAAAUUGUUACAUCCGUGUCAGCGUGAUCCUCUUUUCAUGUGUAUUUUACUGCGACUAAACGAAGGACUAAUUUAUGAGCAAUAAUAACCCAUAUGUAUUCCGAUUUUUGUGCGAUAAGUUAAAACAUUGCCGCAAUACGAGUCUCAUAUAUUUUCUGUUGUUAGAACGCAACAGAAAAAGAAAUUAUCUCAAGCACUAGAUAUUUCAUUUAAAAAUUAAAUGACUAAUGAUGAUUGUCUAAACGAUUAAUCUAUCUCUAAAAGUAAAGUAUAAUUAUGAUAUGAAAAAAGAAAUUUAACGAUGCAAAUCCAUCUCAAAUGUCAAAAAGACGUCGAAUAAGACAUUUUUUAUUUAUGAAUGAAUUAUAAUAAUUUGUAAAAUAUUGAUUAAAGUUUAGCUAUCCAGGUAAUAAAUAUCUGGAAGUCUUAAUUUCUUUUUUUUAAACGUAUCUUUAUGACAUCUCGUAUAUUUUCUAAUAUUAUUAUUUGGAUAGAUUUUGCGCGAUAUUGCAGCAGUCCUUAUUUCAUGAAGAUCCUAGAAUCUGUAAGAGAGAUCCUCGUCGCGAUGUUUACACGAUACAUAUUUCCGAUAAAAUUAUAACGACAUCGCAUGGAAGAGUGCGCGUGAAAAGGCGUUCACGUUUACGUAGCGUUAGAGAGUAGGUGUAUUACGUCCAGUACAUUUUUUCUAUGAGCAUUUUAUACCGAUGAUAUACUUGUUUUCUCAUGAUAAACGAUCACUUGGAAAUUUCGCUAAUGAUGAUGAAGAUGAUCAUGAUCGCUGCCGUAGCUCGUAGAUUAAAAAAGAAAAAUCGAGUUUGAACUAAAGAGAACUCAACAGAAACAAUCUAGACAUUAGAAACAUCCCAGUGACAUCGUAAGCAUCUUUGAAAGGUGCUUACUCGAUAAUCGAAGAAUUAAAGCAUCUUUCAAAUAUAUUUUAGAUGUUUCUCGGAUAUUUAUGUUGAAAGGAAAGCGACCCGAGGCGUUCGCGUUAUAUGAUAUAUAUAUAUUCGCGUAGACUGUUUCAUUCGGAUCACAUUUGGACCAUGUAAUUUACAAAUUAUUAUGGUAAAGGCAUCGUGGCCUUUUUCCACUGGAUAUAGAGACUGAUAUUGUUUAAAUAAAGCCCAUGUGUUAUCGGGAAUUCUACGUCCGACUAUUCACAAAAUUUCUAAAUGAAAUAGGUUUUCUUUUUUUCCCCGAAAUCCGAUAGUACAAUGUAUUCUUUGUCAAUCGCACACACACAUUUACAUACGUUUUGAUCAAUCGAGCAUACCAUGAAUAUUUUAAUUGUUCAUAAAUUGUGAAAGAAAGAAAUCUAAAUAGCGUAAAUUUCAUUAACUCGCAAGAUGAGCAUUCUUUUCAAAUCUCUGGCACCGUAAUUUAUAAUUAAUUACGUAUUAUUCUCAUGCGAUUGAUAAUAAACGUGAUCGUGCGUCUCGGAAUUUCUUGGGAAACACCUCGUAUCGGACGUAUCGUUCCCGCGUCCUUCAUUUGCAAAUAAUGACGUUUAAAUUAUAUGGUGACCUAAUAAAGGGCGAGAUCAGCG